UAAAACAAACAUGUAACGCAAAUAAUAGAGUGCUUUGAGCCGGAAUAUUAAACCGCUGCAGCGAAGCGCUCGCGCCGCGUAUUUAUGCACGUUACCAGAAAAUAAGUGUGUUUAGCAAAACAAAUCGAUUUAACAAUGUUGUCAUAAUAAUGGUUAAGUAGGAUUCAAAGGUGUUUCACAGAUUAAAAGAUAUUAAAAGAAGCAACCAAGCUGUCGUUCCUCACAUACAUCAAACUGAUGUGUGUCUAUGUGUUUACUUCUCGACCCAACCAGCCUAGAACUGAAUGGUGAAGGCUGAUCCAGAAUCAGAAAUUACGAGGAAAACCCGAGGAAAAGAACCUCAAGGAUGCAAAAAACAAGAAGAACAUCAGGAAGUUUUUGAGAAGUUGGUUGACAAAAGUUGGCAUGGCAGUUGACAGGGUGACCAAGGAGAAGAAAAAAAAGAAAAAAGUAAAGUUGGAGGAUGUUCAGAAUGCAGGAGAUACAAAUGCGAUGGUGUGUCAUGAUGUGUCCGUCCAGACUGUUGUUAAAAAAGAAGAACCUCUGGACGUAAGCAUCAGAGAUGGAGAGAAACGGGAGAGCGAUGCAGCUGAGAAGAAGAAAAAGAAGAAAAAGAAAGUGAAGGCAGAAGUGGAAGCAAACAGCCCUGUGUGUUGCGAUACGUCCGUCCAGACUACCGUCAAAACAGAAAGCUCAGAUAUAAACAUCAGCGAUGCUCCUGAAAAGACAAAGAAGAAGAAAAAGAAGAAGAUAAAGGAGGAAGCAGAACACAUCCAAGAGGAAGUGAUCGUCAGUGAGGAUGGAGAUCAUUUAGUGUCCAAGAAAAAGAAAGCCAAGAAAAAAGGGUAUGAAGAAGAGGUGGAAGAUAUAAAAAAGAAAAAGAAGAAAAAGGAGGAACAGGUCAAAGAAGAAGAGGCUGAUUUAGGACACAGUGCAGAGAUGGUGAAAAAGAAGAAAAAGAAGAGAAAAAUUGAUGAAUCGGAAUUGGCAGACGGAGAGAUGAAGAAGAGAAAAAAGCAGAAAGAAGUAGAUGCAUGUGAAGAGGUAGAGGAAAAGGUGAAGAAAAAGAACAAGAAGAAGAAGUCUUCAGCGGAAGGGGAGCCUGAUGAGAUCAGCUCAAAUAAAAAGCCGGAGAAGAAGAGCAAAAAGCUGAAGAAGAAAUUAAAAAGCGUGGCUGAAGGUGAGAGUCGUCCUCACGCCAACGGAGGACAGGAGACAUCACCGGACAAGAAGAUGAAGAAGAAAAUCAAGGCGAGGACUGAUGCUGUUACUGAGAUCCAGCAGAAACCGGCGAGGAAGAAAGGGAGUAAAGAGCACAGAAACAAAACCCCAGAAAAAGUUCAAAAGAAAACACUUAAAGUGGAGCAUCAAGAGGCCGUCGUGGAGAGAGCGAGUAAAGUGUCUGAUGUUGUGUUCCUGUCGGCAAAGCCUGGAAAUCAGGAUGAAGUUUCUAUAGAUCAGGCCCGUCGACUCGCCCUACAGAGGGACAUUGACAAGGAAUCACAGCCAAAGCCGAAUCUCGGCCAGUGGGGCACGGCACAGUUCGACAGCUCUGACAGACAAGCCAAGUUCCUGCGCUUGAUGGGCGGGUUUAAAAAGAGCAGCCAGCCCCUCACAGGACCCUCUGGCCAGGCCAACAUGGCGCUGGGGAAUGAAGGCCAACAGACUUUGCAGCAAGGCCUUCUGGGAGAAUUUGAGCGUGCACAGAGCCGCCAUACUGACUUCAGGAAUAAAGGAGCCGGAUUGGGGUUCGCAGCGCCGUCCAAUAAGAAGUUUGCGAUUGAUUCUAAUGCAAGGAACUCAGUGCGAUUCAAUGACUGAGAGUUACAGGAUAGUUCACUCAAAAGUGAACACUCGGUCAUCAUUUACUCACCCUCACGUCGUUACGAACCACAUCAGUCAAGCUCCAAAAAAGACAAAACAACCAGUAGCCCGUACGAAAUCUGGUUGGAAUGAUGCAAGGGUGAGUAAACGAUGACAAAAGGUUCAUUUCUAGGUGAACUGCUCCUGUAAUGUAUGAAUCAAAGUGGGUUUAUGAAAUUUAUUUUUGGAAACUGAGGAGCUCAAAAAAAGUAUUUCACUUUUUUAUUUCGUAAGUUUCCUUUAUGUCAGAUUGAAUUCCUUUGGGUCCUGAGAGAUAUUGUACUCAGGUGAAAUAUCACGAGAUGUAUUUGAAUUUAUCGUUGGAUUUGCCCAAGAAGUUUAUACUAAAGGAAGAGUUUACACAGCAGCAAAUAAAGACACUGGAUUAGAGCUGUCUUUGGGUAAUCAUGAUUGACAUUGCAUUAUUGAUGUUUUUGAGAUUUUUUGAGAAUUAUUUUGUCAUUUCCAUUUAUGCAUUUAGCAAAGGUUUUAGUGACAUUGCUUUCAAUGUAUAUUCACUAGUGUUCAAAAGCAUGGGGUUGGUAAAAUUUUAUGCUCACCAAGGCUGCAUUUAUUUGAUCAAAAAUACAGUAUAAAUGGUUAUAUUGUGAAAUGUUAUUACAGUUUAAAUUAACUGUUUUCUAUGUGAAUAUAUUUUAAAAUCAUUA